AUGUCCGAUCUGGAUCUGAUCAGAACCAUCGAUGACGAUGAGGAGGUUCCGGAGGAGCCGGAGUCUCUGAGGAGAAGAAACAGGAACAGCCAAUUGUCCUCGGAAAGAAGAAGCAAGCCAACUGUAAACGCAGCGAGGACUUCAAUGCUGAGUUUGUGUUUGCAGAGCGGGAUGGCCAGGACGAUGACAGCUGGGUGAUGGAUGAUGUUAUGAAGCAGCUCAAAAAGAGAACCGUAACAAGCCUAGAUGAGAAGAUCGAGUCUGUGAGAAAGAAGAGGAAGAACCAGGAUAAAGCAGAGAAAAGCACUCAACAGCCAGAAAAGGAUGAAGCAGUAAGAGAGAGGAGGAGGAGGAGGAGGAGAAUGAGGAGAGCGAGGAGGAAUUCUCAUCAGAGGAGGAAACUGUUCUAACUAAAGCAGACACACUAAGAGUUAAAGAGAAAAAGAAGAAGAAAAGAACUGGGAACUCUGGGUUUUUUGAAGAUGCUUCUCAGUUUGAUGAAAACUUGACUUUCCAGGACAUGAAUCUUUCUCGACCCCUGCUAAAGGCAAUUUCUGCUCUUAGCUUCACACAGCCCACUCCUAUCCAGAAGGCCUGCAUCCCUGUGGGAUUGUUGGGAAGAGACAUCUGUGCCUGUGCAGCUACUGGGACCGGUAAAACAGCUGCAUUCAUGCUGCCAGUUCUGGAACGUCUCAUCUACAAGCCACGGGAAGCACCAGUCACCAGGGUCUUGGUUUUGGUCCCAACACGUGAGCUCGGCAUUCAGGUGCACACCGUCACCAAACAGCUUGCCCAGUUCACAGAGGUUACCUGUUGCUUAACUGUGGGUGGUCUGGAUGUAAAGUCACAGGAAGCGGCCUUACGAGCUGGUCCUGAUAUCCUGAUUGCCACCCCUGGGAGGCUCAUUGACCAUCUGCACAAUUGCCCCUCAUUCAGCCUCAGUGCCAUUGAAGUGCUGAUCUUGGAUGAAGCAGAUAGGAUGCUGGAUGAAUACUUUGAAGAACAGAUGAAAGAGAUCAUUAGACAAUGUUCCCAGCAGCGGCAGACACUGCUCUUCUCUGCAACUAUGUCUGAAGAGGUUCAAGAUCUGGCUGCUGUGUCGCUCCGCAAUCCAGUUCGUGUUUUUGUAAAUAGUAAUACAGAUGUGGCCCCAUUCCUGCGCCAAGAAUUUGUGAGAAUCCGACCAAACCGCGAAGGGGAUCGGGAAGCCAUUGUGUGUGCUCUCCUGACCCGCACCUUCCAGGACCAUGUUAUGCUCUUUACACAAACCAAGAAACAAGCACAUCGAAUGCACAUCCUAUUGGGGCUGAUGGGUCUGCGAGUUGGUGAACUUCAUGGAAAUCUUUCACAGACACAGCGUCUGGAGGCCCUCAGACGAUUUAAAGAUGAGCAGAUCGAUAUUUUAGUGGCUACAGACGUGGCAGCUCGAGGGUUGGAUAUUCAAGGAGUUAAAACGGUCAUUAAUCUAACUAUGCCCGCCACAAUGAAGCACUACGUUCACAGGGUUGGCCGGACAGCCCGCGCUGGCAAGGCUGGGCGUUCUGUUUCUCUGGUCGGUGAAGAAGAAAGGAAAGUACUGAAGGACAUUGUAAAGAAAGCACAGGCCUCCGUGAAGGCCAGAAUCAUUCCACAAGAUGUGAUCUCUAAAUUUCGGGAGAAGAUAAAGAACAUGGAAAAGGAGAUUUAUGCAGUGCUACAGCUGGAAAAAGAGGAGAAAGAGAUGCAGAAAUCCGAGGCUCAGAUUAGCUCAGCAGAAAGGAGACUGCAAGAAGGAAAUAAAUCGCAGGGUCUGGAGAGAAGCUGGUUCCAGACCAAGGAAGAGCGAAAGAAAGAAAAGUUAUCCCAUGCUCUUCAGGAGUUUGAUUUGGCGCUGCGAGGGAAAAAAAAAGAGGAAGAAAUUCAUGGCUGAUGCUAAAAAAAAAAAGAUAUGACGGCUGAAGAACGCUCUCAGUUUGAGAUCUUGAAGGCUCAGAUGUAUGCGGAGCGUAUGGCUAAGAGAGACCGCAAGCCCAAGAGAGCGCGGGCAAUGCCUGAGGAAGAUGAACCCGCAGCUAAACCUUCCAAGCCAAAGAAACAGAAGAAAACAGUGUUUGACGAGGAGCUAACAAACACAAGCCGCAAAGCCCUGAAAAAAUACAGAGCGGGCCCAUCUUUUGAAGACCGAAAACGUCUGGGAAUUCAACAGCGCAGGAAAGGAAAUUUUAAAUCUAAGUCACGGUAUCGCAGGAAGUGA